AUGGGAGCGGGCAUAGCGGUGCUGUUUAAACAGAAAUUUAAAGGUGUUUCCGAGCUACUGAAACAGAGGAAGGCGCCCGGUCAAUGUGCUGUGCUACUGAGAGAAGGCCGUUUCAUCUACUAUCUAGUUACAAAACAAAGAGCCUUUCAUAAACCCACAUAUACCAGUCUACUACACAGCCUUGAGGAUAUGAGGUCACAUUGUAUACGGAAUGGAGUACACAAGCUGUCGAUGCCUCGAGCCGGCUGCGGCUUGGAUCAACUGGAGUGGAUUGAGGUAGCCAAGAUAUUGGAACGGGUCUUUAUGGGCACUGGCAUUACCAUCACAAUAUACAGCCUUCCUUGGAUAGCAGCAUCCGCGAACUAG